GAGGCGGCCGCCCGCACCACGUUCCACAAGGCCAAACGUCUCUGGGAGCACACCAAGCAGCGAGCGAGACGGCGGUGGAUCGCGACGAAGACUCGGGAGCUGACCAGUGCUCACGCUUCGGGAGAUCUCGGCCGUGUCUAUACGAUUCUGCGGCGCAUCUCCCUUCUGGAGAGCGGCACCUCGUUCAAAGGCUGGGAACGUUUCACCCUCGAGCAGAUGCGCCAGCACGUCAUGGAAAUCGCGAAGGACCUGGGCCACGUAGAGGACGCCACUCUCCAGCACGGCCUUCCCGCACUCGAGCCCGCGCUGUGGAUUGACGAUGUCCCGGAACACCAGGAGAUCAUCAAGGCGCUCAAAGGCAUGCGCGAGACCGCUGCUGGGCCCGACCAGUUGACGCCGGUUAUGCUCAAGAACGCAGGGCCGGCUCUACAUGCUCUGCUGGUGGCGGUGGUGCAAGCCAUGUGGCAGCAGGAUCCGGACACCUGGCCCGCCUCUGUCCACGAGGGCUACGGCAUCUUUCUGCACAAGAAAGGCCCGCGCGAGAAGCUGGACAACUACCGCUGCAUCAUGAUCUGCUCCAUCUGCAGCCGCCUGAUUGCGCGGAUAGUGUCCGCCCGCCUUACGAGGUACCUAGACAAGGCGGGACUUCUUCCAGAGCAGCAGUAUGGCUUCAGGCCGUACCGCUCCGUUGCUGGCCUGAUUUUCUUCCUCCGCAUCGUGCUCGAGUGCGCCGCCGCUCCCGACACUAUGGACGUCGGCGACCCGCUGACGAUCAACGAGGCCAUGUUCACGCUCACGGAGCGUGCAGGUAUACCUCCCACGGCGAGAUGCAUUCUGCGUGGCCUGCACAGCCUUACCAGCUACCAGAUCAAGAGCAGCGAGGGGCUGAGCGAGCCUUCCCGGCUCCCGAGAGGCCUUCGUGAGGGCGACGUCACGUCCUGCCCGCUGUUCAACCUGUACCACGCCAACGCGAUGCGCCACGCCACAGCGGCCACGCGGGCCGAGUUCGGCGAGGACGUCGGGGUGCCGCUGGAGGUCCGCAACAGCGUCCGGCUGGGACUCAAGCCGGGGGCCAAGGCCCGCCAGGCGCCCACCGACGAGCUCUUCACUCUCCCCACGCUGCACUGCGCUGACGACACCAACCUCUUCUGCCGGCGCAGCCAGCACAAGCGGCUCGAGCGGCUCCUCGAGGACACGCUCAAGCUCUGGGGCGUUGAAGUCCACCCGGGGAAGUACGAGAGACUGAUCACGAUCCCGGAGGGAGAUCCUCACCCCCCAGGCUUCGCCGAAGCAGCACGCUUCAUAGGCGGCUGGCUCCGCGGCGACGGCCGCCACAGCACGGACACAACCAAGCGGGCUGAGCAAGCGAACGAACUUUGGCAACGCCUCUUCUCGCAGAUCCCGCGCCUGGCCAUCGACCCGAAGGACAAGGGCAGGCUGAUCCGUGCUUUUCCCAUGGCCGGCAUGCUGCCUGCCGCCGAAGCCCGGCUGUGGUCCGCCGGCGACAUCAAGCGCUUGCAGGUGAUCCAGAACCGUAUGGUGAGGGGAGCGCUGGCGCAGCGGAUCCGCGACAUGCACGAGCAGCAGCUCACCAUGUCCGACCUGCGCCUCACGCUAGGCCUCGACCUUGUGUCCACGGAGAUGGGCUGGCGACAACUGGCAUGGCUCGGCCACGUAGCCCGCAUGCCUGAGGACAGGCUGGAGCGCCGGGCCCUCUCUCUGUGGAUUGCCGGGCAUCUCCCGCGGGAAGGCCGGGUGGCCUCCAGCACUCGCCGACAGCUUUGGCAACGCCUCUGCGAGCUCCUCGUUUUCACUGACUUGCAGCGCAAGGACUACCAGACGGCGUGGAUGUCCCUCGCGCAGGAGAAUAACGGCAAGCGCUGGCGUUUCCUCAUGCGGGAAUAG